GCUAUCUAGUAGAGUUUUGAAUGAGUGAUAUUGAACCGAUAUUUUAUACAUUUUCUAUCCGUUGCUACCGACGGUGAAUGCGGACUGUCUGUGUAUGUCAUAACACACUAGUUUGUCGCAGCAGUAUUGCGUUCUGAAUAAAUACGGGAACGUGUGUCUUGGCUAGUAAAAAAAUAACCCUGGGGUUAAUGUAUGGUAGCUGUUCAUAGCCUGGGUAGAACUGUAUUCAGCAAAUACGGGAACGUGUGUCUUGGCUAGUAAAAAAAUAACCCUGGGGUUAAUGUAUGGUAGCUGUUCAUAGCCUGGGUAGAACUGUAUUCAGCAAAUACGGGAACGUGUGUCUUGGCUAGUAAAAAAAUAACCCUGGGGUUAAUGUAUGGUAGCUGUUCAUAGCCUGGGUAGAACUGUAUUCAGCAAAUCACACAGAAGGUUUUAUGAUGUUCGCCCUUCUGCAAUGGAAAAUGCGGACACAGACACGUUUUUAAUAACUGGGGGAUGUGGCUAUUUUGGUUACCGACUUGCAUGCUCACUGCAUAAAAAAGGAGCCAAAAUUAUUCUGUUUGACAUAGUCCCUGCAAAUCAAGAAGUACCAGAGGACAUGGUGUUUGUGCAAGGUGACAUACGUGACUAUACACAAGUUGAGAAGGCCAUCACAGGAGUGGAUUGUGUCUUCCACAUUGCCUCCUAUGGCAUGUCAGGUAGGGAGCAGCUGAACCGUCACCUUAUUGAGGAAGUGAAUGUUCAAGGCACACACAACAUCCUGAAGGCUUGUGUUGAGCACGGCGUGUCCAGGCUCGUGUUCACCAGCACCUUCAAUGUGGUGUUCGGAGGCCAAGUGAUAGAGAAUGGGGAUGAAAGUCUUCCUUAUCUACCUCUCCAUCUUCAUCCUGACCAUUACUCUAGAACGAAGUCCCUGGCUGAGAUGGCAGUGCUAAAAGCUAAUGGCACAGUGCUGAAGGGUGGUUCUGGAGUGCUGACAACCUGUGCACUGCGUCCAGCGGGGAUCUACGGGCCUGGAGAGCAGAGGCACCUACCCAGGAUAGUUGGCUACAUAGAGAAGGGUAUCUUUAGGUUUGUUUAUGGCAAACCCAUCAGCCUGGUGGAGUUUGUCCAUGUGGAUAACCUGGUGUCAGCACACGAGCUGGCUGCAGAGGCUCUGACCCCGGAGAGGCAGCACUGCUCCGCUGGCCAGGCCUACUUCAUCUCAGACGGCAAGCCUGUCAAUAAUUUCGAGUUCUUCAGACCUCUGAUAGAGGGCUUGGGCUACCCUUUCCCCAGACUACGUCUACCUAUCUCUCUCAUUUACUUUUUAGCCUUUCUCACAGAAAUGAUUCAUCACCUCAUCAGCCCCUUUUAUAAUUUCCAGCCCCUGCUGACACGCACGGAGGUCUAUAAAACUGGUGUGACACAUUACUUCAGCAUAGCAAAAGCUAAGGUGGAGCUCAGGUAUGAGCCCCAUGAGUACAACCUGGAUGAGAUUGUACAGUGGUUCAGAAGCAAAGGCCAUGGGAAGAAACAUCACAGCUCCUUCCUCAGUCGAUUAUUACUGGGCAGCCUGUUCGUUGCUGCCUUUGUUGCUGUGGCUCUCUCUUUUCUUCUAGUCGCUGGCAAUUGAUGGGCAGCAAAACCAAGAACAUCAUUAUGCCAGGCCCCUGCUGUGUCAAGACAGUUCAUAAAUAGGUGUGCAGUAAUAUGUCAAGUUCCAUGUACACGCUGUCUACAGACCAACCGUGAACGCUAACGGGACUUGAGCACCAUCCCUUUAAUAUACCAUCACAUGUGAGAAUGAUCUUACAACUUCUUUAUUAUAUUCUAGUUGUCAUGUUUAGAGAGUAUAUGUCUAAUGCUCCCUCUACUUUUGCACAACAGUUAGCUCUUGAAAGAAAAUCUCUAGGGGCAAAGAUUUUUUUGAAAAUGUAUCUUCUUAUAAGAAA